AGCAGGAGAAGCAGCUGAGCAGAGCUUGUGCGUUACGCUCCACAAGCUAAAAUGACGACUACUCAGAGUACAACCCAGAAGGCCAUGGGGAAGCUCACAGCCUUUCGAUCUCAGAAGGAGAUGUUUGAGAAGAUGGAGGAAUCCUUUAAGAUUUGUGCUUCGUGUGAGAAGCGACCAGAUCAGCUUUCAAACCCGCAGAGCUUGAAGCGUUGUGCCAGAUGUCUGAAUGUUUACUACUGCUGCAAAGACUGUCAGAAGGAGGACUGGCCCAAACACAAGAAGUUCUGCUCAGCUCUGCGUCUUGCUGCCAUCGACAGAGUUGUGGAAUGGCUUUUGUUCAAAGGAGAUCUCCCAUUUCCCACAGAAAAGUGGUCCAAGCCCCAGUCUGAGGUCAGGGGUUGGGAUGAUUGGCUCGCCAUGCAGGUAGACCUCUCAUCCCGACUCGAUCCCAUCAUAAACGGAGAGAACAUGAAUGGCCUGUGGACCAAUGCAGGCAGGCCUCGGCCUGACGACGACGACCUGAAGCAAUCGCUGUGGAGGGUCUGCAGUGAGUUCUUCUCCAGGCCCCUUACGGUAGCAUGGGGGAUGAGGCUGUUCGGUCUGAACCCCUGUUCCAAACCGCUCACCGUGCACCUGGUGGGGGCAGGCCACACUGAGACCCUGGCAGCUAAACUGACUGACUAUGAUGAACUGAACUGCAUGUUCCCCAAACACCAGGGUGUAGAGGUGGUGAUGGUGGGACCAGAGGUGGUGGAUGGCCCCAUCAUGAGACCCCCUCUCAGAGCCUUUGGCCCCAAACAGAGGGUCUACAUUAGCGCCUACAGAGGUCUCUACCAUCAGUUCUGGGAGGAGCUGGUGGAGACAGAGAAUGCAGCCAAACCUGACCUGGUGGUUGGAUUUCAUCCAGGUUUUGAUGCUAGUCAAGGUCUGGAUCAGGGAUGGCUUCCAACACUCCUGCUCCUCAGGGAUUAUGAGAUUCCUUCUCUUUUUACAACGCUAAACGAGACAGAGAUGACCUACUCCCUGCAAAUCCUCCUGGAGCUGGAGAUGCACAUGAAGGGAAAUGGAGCCAACCCGUUUGCAUCACUGAAGCCAGAAGUGGUGGGCUCGUCUCCCAACAAGCCCCCCGUUUACUGCAACUCCCACUACUUCUGUUUCCAGGGUCUGCUGGAGACCUUGGAGCUUGAGGAGCCUGAGGAACCUGAGGAACCUGAGGAACUUGAGGAGGCCUGA